AGGAAGGAUUGGAGCAUUAUUCGGGAAGUCUGUUAAGCUUAGGAGCACACACUCUGCUUGAAUCUGCUGGGAGGUACAAGUGACUACCAGUUGUGCUGGCACACACACGUUUUCUAGAUUUCUUUCACCUUACUUGGUACUGCCUGUUGCCUCCAACACUUUCAAAGGGCCUGGCACCAAUAAGAGUGCAUCCCAUAGCAGGCAUCUGGGGGAGGAUCACAAGUAGAGUUCAGGCAGCAGGGACCACUUCAUACAAGAUGAAAGAAGAAGGAACAUGCCCUGACUCCCCCGAAGACAGCCUGGUAACCAGUGAGGAAGAGGCUGAGAGCCAACAGAGAAAGGCCAUACGUAAGCGCACAGUACUGGUGGGCAAACCUGGCGAUGGGAGGGUAUCCCUGUCACCACCAUGCAAGCGCAGCAAAAGGAGUCCCCAUCUAGAAACAUUUGAGGAUGUACAUACGCAGAGAAUCAUUGCCAAUGUCAGAGAGCGACAACGCACGCAGUCCUUAAAUGAUGCUUUUGCAGAGCUGCGCAAGAUCAUCCCAACCUUACCAUCUGAUAAACUCAGCAAGAUACAGACCCUGAAGCUGGCUUCACGCUAUAUUGAUUUCCUGUAUCAAGUCUUGCAGAGUGAUGAGCUGGACCACAAGAUUGCAAGCUGUAACUACCUUGCUCAUGAAAGACUAAGCUAUGCCUUCUCUGUCUGGAGAAUGGAAGGUGCCUGGUCCAUGUCAACAACACACUGAGCCAACAGCCGAUGUCCCUUGUGCCUGCUGUUCAAGAAGGUGUUCCAAGAGUCGCCAUCAAAAGGACUAAUAAAUGGUCAGCUGCUCCCUUUGAUGGCUCCAGCUUGUCAACUUCUCUUACAGCUAGAGGAUUCUACAGUAGUUAAUUGACAGGACGAUACUGGCAUUGAACCUGGAUAAUGCUUCUGGAAGACCAAUAUCAAAAAAGGAUCUGUGAAGUGUAAUAUGUUAUCUUUGAUGCAAGAACAUCAAAGCUGAGCUUUUCACUCUGCGAAUGUAAAAAUCAACUGUGGACACUCAACCACUUGUAAAGAAAUCCUGUGGAAAUUAUUUAUUCAGAAAAAUUAAGAAGCCAAAGAAGCCAAGCAAAGGUUGGCCUUUUCUUCAAAGAUAAUCUGGAAAGUAAAAGUUCAAGCAACUUUUGUGUGAAGCUACACCACUGAAAAAACAGCUAUCUGUCUAUAUACUCUCCUCCAGGCUUCAUGCACAUUAUGGUGUUUGCUUAGCACAUAUCUCCAGCUUUUCUGCAUGUAUUAAUCGUAAAAAGAGGGAAGUUUGUAUAUUUUAGGCCAAGAAUCAGUAUUCUCUGAAACCCUGACCACUUAUAAUAAGUUUGAGAAAAGGAACCCUUUGUCAUUCCAAUGUACACCAGAAAUACAAAGGAUCAGCAGA